CGGCACUAUCCAUGGCCUCUCAAGUUUGUAAAGUAUGGUUUCCGUCUUUAUCAGCUAUUCCUAAGCGUUUUAACUCUGAUCUACCCUAUAUUUUGCGCCACACAAACUCAUCCCGAAACCUCCGAGCCUUUCGCGAAACCUGCGAAUUUUUAACGUGAACCGAAAAAUAUUUCAACCAAUCUGCAGUUUCUUCUGAAAGCCCCUGAUGGCCUAACCUGGUGGCUGAAUAUUCACAACUAUUUUAUACACUUCUAGUGGCAACAUUUCAUAUCCGCCCAUGAUUCUCAUUGAGGGCGAAAAGUACGCCUGCGUCCAGUGCAUCCGCGGACACCGCUCGUCCACAUGCAAACACACCAAGCGGCCGUUGGUCCAGGUGCGCUCGCGCGGGCGCCCAAUGCAAAGCAUCAACUACCGCUUCGCCGUUCUUGCUGAGGAUAUCAACAAGGAGGCCGCACUAGAGCCUCCGCCAAAGCCCAAGGGCUGUUGCCACUCCCGGCCCAAACCGGAGGCCGCCAGUGAAGGGCCGAAGGAAGUGAAGACGGAAACCCCCAGCGAAAGUUCCUGCUGCAAAAGACCGAGUGAGGAGCCCUGCCAAAGUCCGAAGGAAGAGCCCAGCAAAGGCGCCUCUCUGUGUGGUAAGGGUAACGUCAUUGUGCUCCGCGCGUCCAAGCGCCGAAUCGUGCAAAACGACUUGUCGGCUGUGGCGCUCUCGCCUGUGGAACUCUCCGGGUCCGAGCCGCAGAAAAAGAUGCAGUCCACGUUUCGCUCGCACUUCGGACUGCCUGACAAUGUCACCAAGCCCCGCCAUGGCAGCAUGUGCGCGUGUUGCAACAGCACCAACAAGGUGAGCGUGUUCAAGUUGGAAAAGCCGAAAGAGGAAAAGGCGAGUCCUUCGGAAACCCCCGGUAGGUCCAACGACCUGCCUGUCGAGUACUUUUACGCGCCGUCGUGCUCCAUCCCAGGCUCGUGCGCGUGCGACGACAACUGCGAGUGUGAGGGCUGUAUCGCACACAAUAACAGUGCCACUCCGGAGAUCCCUGGGUACCAGCUUACUCCACAGCCCCAUACAUCCCUCGUAUCCCCCUCGCAAAUGCCUCCCUUUGGUAUUUCUUCCCACUCUCUUAACUUUUCGCAUCUGAACGAAAAGUUCUACCAGCUCUCGCGCGAACCGGUGGAGACACCAAUACCGUCGUUACUUGGGUACUUGGACAGUGCUGAGCCACAGGAUGUGGCCUCCGCCAAUGCCAUCUCCAUCGCCGAGUAUGAAUGGGUCCUUGACGACUGUAUCUGCUCGGCCGAGGGUUGUUGGUGCUACAACUGCGUCUCGCAUGACAUUGUCAACGGGAUUCGCCAGCGAGACGGGGUGCGGGUGUCCUCCACUGGUGACCAGUGCAUUAGGCCCGUGAUUCAUGUCCUGGAGUUGGAAGAUACCAACAAAAAGAAGCUAUACAACGUAUUUAAUAGAGAGGCGGAGCAGAAAAACUCGUGUUGCACGUCUCAGAAAGGUGCUCUUGCCGAGCUCCAUGCGCUAGAUCUGGAGUGUACGUGUCCCGAUAAUGCAUGUCAUUGUGACAAUUGCUACAAGCACGGAAUUAUCAAUGGUAUUAAGGAUUUUUCCUGCGGGGAGUAAACGUUGUAUGGGUUCACCCCAUUCCUUUCGCCUUGAAAUAUCUCGAUGGCACUCUCAACGACACCCUCGACGGCAUUUUCAACGGCACUUUCUUGACCUCCCCCUCCUGUUUAUAGUUUACGACUUACGAAUUCGACGAUCUAGAUCAGCCAUACACUAACCAGAAUUUUUUUCAUAGCCCCU